ACGAGAGAGAGAGAGAGAUCAGCAAGCUCAGUGCGAGCUGGACACCAGCAGAAGCUUGUGCAUGAAAGCGCUCAAUAUCAAAGUUGCUGCAGCAGUGCGUGCAUCUGAGAGUGAUGCACUGACGCAUUUACAUCACGCAGACUUCAGUACAGACUCUUCAGUUUCACAAUAUUGGCUCAGUGACCGUUUCAAUCUCCAGCCGAGGAACUGAUAGACACUUGAUGCUGUCUGCUAGUAAGAGUUUUAAUCAACGCACUGAGAAUUGAAAGAGGGACUGCAGUGGUUCAGAUGUCUCCAGUGCAGGUCACCUCUGCUUCUUGCAUGACUGCACCGAUUAUUGAGCAUUGAGCCUUUUGUUGCUGCUGUUUAUAAAGAGAGAGAGAGAGAGAGAGAGAGAGAGAGCAAGAGACCAAUGUUACCAUGACUGUUGCCAGCGUAGAGUCCAUCUUAAUACAUUUCGCAGUUAAAUCAACAGAUCCACAAGAAAUACUGCCAUCAUGGUGUCUUUAUGGAUCAUAUUUUCUGCUUUAUUGAAGUCCCCUGUAUUCUCAGAGGAUGACAGUGCUCUGAAAAGAGAAAGAAGCCUGAAGACUGUAAGUUUUUUCGAUUCUGUGAGUGUGAUAUCUGGCGACGAGAGAGGCAUGGAGCUAGAAGCUCAGACUGAGAGCAUGAGACACAGGGGAGAAGGACUGGACAAUGAAGUUGCCCAGGAAAUCCUCUACCUAGAUGAGGUCAUAGAGGCCAACUGUUGUGACACUGGGGCUGAAAUGACUUUAAAUGGGACGUGUUCCCCUGAGAUUAAGCCAAUUAGAGUUGAUGGAACUGGACCAUCUGUUAAUACUUGUGACACAUCCCCUUUACACAAUCAUGAAGUUGUCAUAGAAGGGAAAAAGAAGACCACCUUUGUUGAUGACAACUUCAACAUCAAAACCAAUGGUCAUGCAGUAAUGAUAGACAAUGACUGUGCAAGAUCACCAGAGUCACCAAGGACUGCAAUCAAGAAAAAGGCACGUUUUGAGCUCAGACCAUUUCACGAGGAGAAGAAACCAUCAAAACUAUUUGACAUUCCAAAAGAGAAAGAAGUUCGGGUGAAGAAGGUCAGACCUUCGGAGGAGAUUGCAGAGCUAGAAAGGGAAAGGCUUGAGCUCAUCCGGGGCCAGGCAGUCAAGAAAAAUCCUGGAAUUGCUGCAAAAUGGUGGAAUCCACAUCAGGAAAAGACACUGGAAGAGGAGCUGGAGCCAGAGCAACUGAAGUCACUCAGAAGAUAUGAGGAGAGGAAGCAGAGGAGACCAGAAACCAACCAUGUGCCACAAGCUGCACCCAGACAACCAACUUCCUUUAUCCAACCUGAAGUAGGAAAUAAGGAGGACAUAGUCACAGAAGAGAUCGACUUUUCUGCAGCACGCAAGCAGUUUUGGCAGACGGAGCAUAGCAAGCAGUCUACAGCCCCAAAGAGGAAUGUUGCACCACAGACUUACUCUGCCAAACCUUUCUUCAGGCCUCAAGAGGUCGUGCAUGUAGAGAGGCCAUGCGGUUCUGUCACAGUUGCCAGUCAAGAAAGUGUCACAUCAUAUGAUGACAGUGAAGUUACCACAGUCAAAGCUGAGAAGAUUUAUUGCUGCUCUGGAGAAUCCGUCAUACCAAACAAAGAUGGUUCGGCUCAGAAUGAGUUGAAUGAUGAUUUUACUUGUGCCAAGGCAGUGAUGACCAUUGUAAAGGAUGAGGAUUCUGAUUUGUUUCAGUCUUCUUUGAACAGCUCCUACCAUAUGGAAGAAAUUGACUCCGGGUUAGAUGACCUGUCCCUACAGUCACAGGACACCACUGUACUUGAGACAUUAUCCAAUGACUUCAGCAUGGACAACAUUAGUGACAGUGGUGCAUCAAAUGAGACCAUGAGUGCCUACUGGGAACACUCUCUUGGGGAGUUCUCCUUCCCCUCAACUCCAAUGGCCACAACAUUGAUCAAUGGGAAACAUGAAAGUGGUAUCAAAUCUCCAAGUGAGCAGAGUGAGUCUUAUCAGGGCGAUAGCUUGACGGAGGAAGAGCUGGAAUACCAUGCUGGUAUUCUUGUCCAAAAUGCUAUUCAACAAGCCAUUGCCCAAAAGAAUGACAAAUGGGAGCCACUUCGGUCUACCCAACAGUCAUCUCCAAUCCCAGUAGGACAUGCUGAAAUUGUCCCACUUCAAUCUCAACUCCUCGAAGAGAAAUCUACUUUCACGCCACCUCUUAAAGUGCCAUCAUCCCUGGAAGAGAAGAAGACCAUCACUCCUCAAAUUACUGUAGUUCAGGCUGCCCCAGUUAUACCAGUAAACACUUACAAGCCUCCUAGCCCCUCUCCACCACCAAGUGAGAAGCCUGAGUUCAGUUAUUUCAGUAAGUACUCUGAGGCAGCAGAGCUCAGGAGCACAGCAGCUGUUACUCGUGCUCAGGAAUUGGAAGUCACCUCAGGGCCAUUCAAGCUGCGAUCACGCAAACAAAGAACCCUGUCCAUGAUCGAAGAGGAGAUUCGGGCAGCCCAGGAGCGUGAGGAAGAGCUGAAGAGACAACGGCAGGCACAAGCCUUGUACCCGCCCCGUACACAAAAGCAGAAGACCAGCAACCAGCCAAGCAAGUUGGUCCUUACUGGGAAGACAGCCCCAGGUAAGAUUGAGAAGGUUCGUCCGGUUCCUCCAGCAUCACCAUGUACUUCAGAUGGAGCUCUUCCCUCUCCGCUGUCUGAUCUGGGCAGUGAUGACUCUGGAGGACAGCGACCCAAGAACUUCAUGCAGACUCUGAUGGAGGACUUCGAGACACAUAAAGUCAAGCGUCGAGAGAAAGCAGAGGACAAUAGCGUUCUGGAAGCAACACGUGUCACUCGCAGAAAAAGUAAUAUGGCCCUACGAUGGGAGGCGGGAAUCUACGCCAACCAGGAAGAUGCUGAGGAGGAGGAAAAUGAGGAGGAGGAGGAGGAGGAAGAAGAGUAAACAAAACUUUCCUUCGAUGAUGGAAAUAUUUAGAAACAGAGAAAUUUUAGAGGGAAAAUGUGCAACAGGACAAGCACUAGUAUUUAUUGGGAAUUCAAACCCCAAAAGCAGGUUCAGAAUGUCCGGUUCAAAAACUGUCUGGUAUAUUUUUUCAAACAAAAAGUUUUCUCUUGAGGGCCCCAAGCAAAGAAGACCAGAGAUACUAUAAUGCUUUACAUUUCCACUAUCAAGUUAUUGCUUUUUCUUUUAUACUGAUUCGUUUGGAGUCAAAGAGGAAUGUGCAAGGAUUGGUGACAGUGAUUUUGAGGAUUUUUGGCAUUAAUGUGGUGACUUAAGUUACUCAGUGUGGAUCACAUUGCAUCUAAGAGUUAAACUUCACAGAAAUUAAAACAUUAUUGAGUGGCAAUGGACUUUAGGAAAAAGAAUGGAAAAUCUGACAGUGUGUAUGGAGCUCUGAUACUGCUGAUAGUGUGGUUUAAAUCUAUUUCAAACUAGAGCUUAGAUGACUGUGUAAGAAUAUUCACAAUCUCUUGAGUAUUUUGUUAGGACAGGUUUGUUGCCAUUUAUAAGAAGUGAGAGAACCUUUAAUGACGACAAAUAAAAGCAGAGCACAAGUUAAUAACCUUUAAGAUUUGAGGGGGUUUGUAAGACUUUGUAAAAUUUAAGACCAGACAUCUGUUUGCUCAUUCCAAAUCGAUGACCUGCGAACAUAGUAAUGCUUUUGUAAAAGGCAACAGACCCAUUCUGCAUUGACAAAAGACAGGAAAUGUUUGUGUGAAGGACCAGGAUGUUAUUGUUGUUUGCAGCUGAAGGCAUCUGUGUUUGGCUUGAAGUUAGCAUCAGAUGCAGUGUAGUGAAUUUGGAAGAACACUUGAUGGUUGAUUAAAUUAUGUAGGUUUUCUGUAAUGUUUGUGUUGUUUUAUAUAUGAUGGCUGACUGAUUGUGCGCGUGUAUAAUGUAUAGGGCUCAAAACAGACAGUCAUUGAGCAAUAAUGUAAAAAUGGUAAUACUUUUAAUGUUUCAUUUAUUAAGGGUUUAUAAAGGGAGUAAUUAAUGACUAAUAAGUAAUUUACAAAUGUGUUAUAAAUCAUCAAUAGGUGUUAUAACAACAUGAAUAAUAAGGACCACUUUUAUGCAGUGCUUGCCAAAUAGUUAGCAUUGUGUUAUAAAUGCUUAAUAAAUACUCUUAUUCCUACUUAUAUUAAUGAAAAAUACAAAAACCCUAUGUUAUAGUGAGAUAAUAAAAAAGUAUUAUGUCAUUUGGCUACAGUCCGCUUUGUGUUUACAUUAAUUUUGUAAUGUCUUGUCUCAUUUGUGUUGUCACUUUUCUUGUCACAUUGAUGCCAAAAUAAUGGUGCUAUUCUGAGUGGACUUACCUAGUCCUAGUUACUUAAAGUUCUCUGCAAAACAUUAUUCUUUUUUUUUUUUUUUUUUUUGUUCUUCUGGUGUCAUUCACAGCAUAUCUCAUACAAUAAAGCCUGAUUACAAUUAAAACAUCCUUAAUUUUAUAAUGUUGGCAACUCUUUAAUAAAUGCUUUAUAUGUGUCUACGUUACAUUUAGGUACAUUUUCCUAGGUAACUAAUGCUAAAUAAAUGUUAUUAAGCAUUUAUGACAUUUGAUGUAAAAUGGCUCACAAUUUGGCAAGUACUGCAUGAAAGGCAGCCAUAUUGUGCAUGUUGUUAUAACAGCAUAUAAAUGAUUUAUAAUGCAUUUGUAAAUGAAUUAUAAGUCAUUAAUUAAUCCCUUUAUAAAAAAUAAAGGGAACAUUAAUGUUAAAUGAUACCGCAAAAUUUGCGAACAAGUCAUAACAGUAUUUUUCCAAUAUGUUAUUGAGAAGGAUAAUUAAAUACGCAAGUAGCCUAUUCACUCUGCCGAAUCGUUUAACUGAUUUUCCAUCAAUCUUUAUUUAAAAAGGUGGACUUUAUUUUUCUGUACACUGGCAUUUUUUAAGCUUGAUUUUGUACAUGAAAUUUAGUAAAAUACCAUUAUUUUACUUUGUUACGAUCACUUAUUUGAUAAGUAUCUACACGUAAUUAUCUGUAAUGUGGGAAUGGAUGUUUUUCCUUGUUUCCCAUUAUUUUGUAAAACAUUUGGCAAAAAAGUAGUGUAAAUAUGUUAUAAAAUGUGUUAAGUUUAAAGAACAAGCAUCUAGGAGAUUGACAUCAAUGAUGGACAUGCAAGAAAUGAAGAUUUAAGAAUCGUGGACAAAUAUGUGGACAAAUAUUACAUCUUUAUUAAAUUUUUGCCUUUGGCCUGAUACAUUUGUCAAGACACAAAUGAACACAUCCUGAGAGCAUCAUUAGACAAGUCUACCCUACACAUAUAGACAGGCACGGACUGGCCAUUGGGAGAACCGGGACUUUUCCCGGUGGGCCGGCUGUGAAAUGGGGCCACAUGGGGCGCCGCAUUAUGCAGAACGCACCACAACACGGCGCCGCGAUAUGCGGAAGGGGGCAGUGACAUGCAGAAAGGACAGCAACACCCCAACAAUUGUUUACAGACAGAUUGUUUCACUUUUAAUUGACUAUAUCACAAUUCCAGUGGGUCAGAAGUUUACAUUCACUAAGUUAACUGUGCCUUUAAGCAGCUUGGAAAAUUCCAGAAAAUGAUACCAUGCUUUUAGGCAAUUAGCCAUUUAGCCAAUUAGCUUCUGAUAGGCUAAUUGGAGUCAAUUGGAGGUGUAUCUGUGGAUGUAUUUUAAGGCCUACCUUCAAACUCAGUGCCUUUUUGCUUGACAUCAUGGGAAAAUCAAAAGAAACCUGCUAAGACCACAGAAAAAAAUAAAAAUAAAUUGUGGACCUCCACAAGUCUGGUUCAUACUUGGGAGCAAUUUUCAAACGCCUGAAGGUAUCACGUUAAGGUACACACUGUACAAACAAUAGUACGCAAGAAUAAACACCAUGGAACCACGCAGCCAUCAUACAUCUCAGGAAGGAGACGCAUUCUGUCUGCUAGAGAUGAACGUAGUUUGGUGCGAAAAGUGCAAAUCAAUCCCAGAACAACAGCCAAGGACCUUGUGAAGAUACUGGAGGAAAUAGGUAGACAAGUAUUUAUAUCCACAGUAAAACGAGUCCUAUACCGAUAUAACCUGAAAGGCUGCUCAGGAAGGAAGAACCCAAUGCUCCAAAACCACCAGAAAAAAUCCAGACUACAGUUUGCAAGUGCACAUGGGGACAAAGAUCUUUUUUUUUUCAGAGAAUCAGAGAAAUUUCCUCUGGUCUGAUGAAACAAAAAAUAUAUAUUUUUGGCCAUAAUGACCAUUGUUAUGUUUGGAGGAAAAAGGGUGAGGCUUGCAUCAUGUUGUGGGGGUGCUUUGCUGCAGGAGGGACUGGUGCACUUCACAAAAUAGAUGGCAUCAUGAGGAAGGAAAUUUAUGUGGAAAUAUUGAAGCAAUAUCUCAAGACAUCAGCCAUGAAAUUAGAGCUCGGUCGCAAAUGAGUCUUCCAAAUGGACAAUGACCCCAAGCAUACACUGGGGGCCAAAAGUUUGGAAUAAUGUACAGAUUUUGCUGUUUCGGAAGGAAAUGGUACUUUAAUUCACCAAAGUGGCAUUCAACUGAUCACAAAGUAUAGUCAGGACAUUACUGAUGUAAAAAAACAACACCAUCACUAUUUGAAAAAAGUCAUUUUUUAUCAAAUCUAGAAAGGCCCCAUUUCUAGCAGCCAUCACUCCAACACCUUAUCUUUGAGUAAUCAGGCUAAUUUGCUAAUUUGGUACUAGAAAAUCACUUGACAUUAUACCAAACACAUUUGAAAGCUGUUUGGUUUGUUAAAUGAAGCUUAACAUUGUCCUUGUGUUUGUUUAUUGCUGUGAGUUGCCAGAGUAUGCAAUAGACUGGCAUGUCUUAAGGUCAAUAUUAGGUCAAAAAUGGCAAAAAAGAAACAGCUUUCUCUAGAAACUCAUCAGUCAAUCAUUGUUUUGAGGAAUGAAAGGUAUACAAUGCUUGAAAUUGCCAAAAAAAAAAAAAACUGAAGAUUUCAUACAAAGGUGUUCACUACAGUCUUCAAAGUCAAAGGACAACUGGCUCUAACAAGGACAGAAAGAGAUGUGGAAGGCCAGAUGUACAACUAAACAAGAGGAUAAGUACAUUAGAGACUCUAGUUUGAGAAAUAGACACCUCACAUGUCCUCAGCUGACAGCUUCAUUGAAUUCUACCCGCUCAACACCAGUUUCAUGUACAACAGUAAAGAGAAGACUCAGGGGUGCAGGCCUUAUGGGAAGAAUUGCAAAGAAAAAGCCACUUUUGAAACAGAAAAACAAAAAGAAAAGGUUAGAGUGGGCAAAGAAACACAGACAUUGGACAACAGAUAAUUGGAAAAGAGUGUUAUGGAUCUUAACACCAUUGAGUUUUAUGGGAUCAGCUAGACUGUAAGGUGCGUGAGAAGUGCCCGACAAGACAGCCACAUCUAUGGCAAGUGCUACAGGAAGUGUGGGGUGAAAUGUCACCUGAGUAUUUGGACAAACUGAUAGCUAGAAUGCCAAGGAUCUGCAAAGCUGUCAUUGCUGCAUGUGGAGGAUUUUUUUUAUGAGAACUCUUUAAAGUAGUUUAAGAAGUUCUGCAUUUUUUUUUUCAAAUUGUAAUAGUAAUUUUUCACAUUAUCAAUGUCCUGACUAUACAUUGUGAUCAGUUGAAUGCCACUUUGGUGAAUAAAAGUACCAAUUUCUUUCCAUAAGAGCAAAAUCUGUACAUUAUUCCAACCUUCUGGCUGCCAGUGUACCUCCAAAGUUGUGGCAAAAUGGCUUAAGAACACAAACUCAAGGUAUUGGAGUGGCCAUCACAAAGCCCUGACCUCAAUCUGAUAGAAAUUUUGUGGGCAGAACUGCAAAAACGUGUGCGAGCAAGGAGGCCUACAAACAUGUCUCAGUUACUCCAGUUCUGUCUGGAGGAAUGGGCCAAAAUUCCAGCAACUUAUUGUGAGAAGCUUGUGGAAGGCUACCCAAAACAUUUGAACUUUGUUAAACCAUUUAAAGGCAAUGCUACCAAAAACUUCUGACCCACUGGGAAUGUGAUGAAAGAAAUAAAAGCUGAAAUAAAUAAUUCUCUCUACUAUUAUUCUGACAUUCAAAUUCUUAAAAUAAAGUAUUGUUCCUAACUGA